AUCACGUAGGAGAAGAAAAUGUUGGUACAUUUAAAUUUAUUCAUUGUUAUUAUACUUAGAAGACAGAGAACAAGAAGUCAAUGAAAAGCGAUGGCAAAUACUAAAAUGCGUUUUGAAAUCAUGAAGACCGCUAAGGUAAAACUGUGCGCGUCACUGUGUAUGUUGCUUGGAAUAGUUACCUGGAUAGGACAUGUUAAAUUGGAUGUUUGGUCUGUAGUUAUCCGACUAGGCAUCGAGCAGCCGCUUAAAGCCCCGGGAGUUUUAUUCCCUGUUGCAAAUGAACAAAUACAUGUCGUCAACCGACCAAGGAAAGCAGAAUUGCGCGAUGAAAAAAGUUUUGAUGUCUCCUCCUCAAACGCACAACUGGAUAACGUUAUUGAGCACCGAGUGUUUUGGAGUGCAUGGCUGGACGGUCUCUCGACUACCGUUUUCGACGAGGAGCACGAGAGGAAAUGGAGAGAGCAGGUACGGGACGCACGGGUAGUUUUACUGGAAGCGGGUUGCGGCAGACCCACCAACCGUCUCGCCACUUUCGCCGACGGCAGCAGAGCAUGUGUGCGAUACGGCAUCGACGCGGAUCAAGUGCUGGGCGAAACUCUCUCGUAUUAUCUAGCCAAAUUACUUGAAAUCACCAAUCUUCCGCCCAUGGCUCUCUCCAAAUUGAACAUUUCCAGCGAACAAUGGGCAAGUGUUAGCGAAAAUAUCGAGGCGUUAGAAUGGUCUCCAAAUGCAAUUGUAUCUCUCACGAAGUUCCUCCCAAAUGUUUCUGCAGUGUUCAUUCCAUUACCUCUACGAAAACAGCAAGGACGUGGUCUGCAACCCUCCCCUGAGAUUAUAUCAAACAUGACGAUACCAAAUCUAGUAGAAUUGAUCCAAUGGACUGACCUCAUUUUAUUUGAUUACUUAACAGCCAACUUUGACCGAAUUGUAAGUCACAUUUUCAGCCUCCAAUGGGACGCGCGCGUAAUGGAGAGGGCAACUAAUAAUCUUCUCAAAACUACCAGCGGACAUUUGGUCUUCAUUGAUAACGAAGCAGGGCUUAUUCACGGAUACAGAGUGCUUGAUCUGUGGGAACGGUACCACAGAACGUUGCUGAGUUCGUCGUGUGUGUUUAGGAGAAGUACAGCCCGGCGCAUAGCUGAGAUGAAGCGCUCCGGGAAUGCAGCAAAGUUGCUGUUUGAACUGUACCGCGCAAGGGAGCCGUUUGCACGCGAGCUGGGUUGUCUGUCCGAAGUGCAAGCGCUUACAUUGCAAAGCAGGAUUGCUGUGGUUCACAAACAUAUCAAUCAGUGCACAGAAAUCAAGUAGAUGUCUCAUUUGCAUUCUAUUUCUCCGGUUGGAGAUGCUACACCUUCACCUAUGAAUAUAUACUGUAUUGUUGUUACUGUUCUUGUCAUUCCACUGUGAAUUUAUACUGUGUAGUAGAUGUUAUUAAUAAGGUCACAGCGUAAGUGUUGUGCUGUAAAAUUUCCUUUCCAUAUGCUAGUAAGAAUGAAAAAAAAACAACAACAAAAAAAACAAGAUGAAGCUCAAC